ACCUUGAAAUGCAACCAACCUUGAACCCAUACUCUGUUAUAAAACCCCCAGAAUCCUCGAGAAACCCUAAAACGAUUAAUCUCAAUCCUCUUUCUUAUGCUGACAACUAAAACGUCAUCACUCCACAACAUGGUUGGCCAUGGUUGGCCUAACUCUUCGGUCUACCAGACUAGUUGUUGGCUAACCUGGUUAUUUAAAAAGGAGUGGUUUGGUGCCAAUGGUCAUGUAAAUUCUUGUGGACUCUUAUUUGCCUUUGGCGACUGUCCUGUAAAGGCCUGUGAAUUUUAAUGGACAAAGGGAAACAGAUUGUUACUGGCAAAAGCGAUGCUGGUGUCAGUGGCAGUACUAAUAAAAAGAUUCGUGCUCUUAUCGAUAGGAGCAAACUGAGGAUUUUGCUGUGUGAUACAAAUGCUGGGAGUUGUAAAGAAGUUGCCUCACUUCUUAAGGAAUGCUCUUAUCAGGUAAUUUCUGUAGGCUCAACUGGAGAGGCAAUCCAUGUCCUCAGCUCUGAGGGACCAAGUAUUGACAUUGUGCUUGCUGAACUUGAUCUCCCAAUGGCCAACUGCCUGAAGAUGUUGAAGUACAUUACUGAAGAUCAAGAGCUGCGAUGCAUUCCUGUGAUCAUGUUGGUCACAGAGGACAAGAUCUCAAUGAUUGCCAACUGCUUGCGGUACGGAGCAGUAGACUAUCUGUUAACGCCUUUAGGCAUCAAUGAGUUACUGAAUUUGUCAAUUCAUAUGGAGAGCAAGGCACACGGUUUGUAUCGCUUGAUACUACUGAGAUCAUACCACAGUUGAUUCAGUGUUUUCUCUGUUGAUUAAGGUAUAGAUAGGGAAGUAAGCUAAUCAUAUACUCAUAUAUGUUAUUUGUUUAUGUUGGUAGCUCCGACUUCCAGAGAAGAAUGACUUUGAGAGAGUGCUGGAAAGGCCGUUUUGUUACCAGAUGAUGCAUCCCCAUCCCGGAGAGCUACUGGACGAGUUAAUGCAUUUUGAGAUAAAGAGCAUAGCUGCGGUAGUCGAGGAAAUCUGGGUCCUAUUGACACCCAGGGUCAUGUAGAAAACACUGGGCAUUGUAAUGAUCCCAAGUUAAACAUUUUGUGAUCAAUUAAUAUCCAUUCUCGUAUAAGAAAUGCUGAAUCUUGUGUCAAUCUUCUCAUCACAAAUUUCUCACCAAAUGGCUUCCUGAAUAAAGAUUUUAGACA